AUGGCGGAGGAGCUCCAGAUUAACAUCAAAGGACCAAAUGAGACCAAAUUACACAUAACCAUCGCUAAUGACAAGACCGUGUUCGAGUUGAAGCAGAUGAUUGCGGCAAAGUCCGACGUAGAAGCAGAGAGGCAGAGACUAAUCUAUUCUGGAAAAGUACUGAAAGAUGACGAUCCAUUGUCGACGUACAAGAUACAAUCUUCACAUACGAUCCAUAUGGUCAAGGGAGCGCCUCGAAACCAACCUAGCACGUCGACAUCUGGCUCGUCUGGGUCUGCGUUGCCACCUUCGUUACCGUCUAUGGCCACAGGCCAAAAUCCUUCAGAUCCACUCACUCUCCUGAACGGUCCGAUGGGACAUGGUCUCAUGGCUGGCUUUAACCCAUUCCAGGGAAUGGGAGUGAACCCUAAUGAUCCGAACAUGAUGCAGUCUAUGAUGGACUCUCCCGAGUUUUACCAACGAAUGUCUCAAAUCAUGUCCGACCCACAGAUUCUCGACCAGAUCCUCGACUCUCAUCCUCAAGCCGCUUCGAUGCCUCCGUAUGUUCGCGAAAUGAUGCGCAGUCCAGAGUUUCGACAGAUGAUGGCGAACCCAGAUGCUCUGAGAAGUAUGAUGCAGAUGACAGCAGGAAUGCAAGGGGCUGGACUGGGUGGCUUGGGUGGAUUGGGUGGACUCGGAGGACUCGGAGGAUUUGGAGGUGGUCUGGGUGCGAACCCCGCUGCGGGGGGAACUGGCGCGGAUAAUGCUGCUACAGGCAAUCUUUUCAACGCAGCGGCUCAGCAGCAGCGUGGAGGCGUAGGCGCUGGUGUUGGUGCUGCGGGUGCAGGAGCAGGAGCAGGAGCAGGAGCAGGAGGUGCACCGAAUCUUGGACUCUUGAUGAACAUGCUCGGUGGUGCUGGUGGAGGAGGAGCGGGGACGUCUACUGGCUCGCCUCCGGCGACUGGUGCGGCUGGAACGGGUACGACUGGUGCGCAGCAGAAUCCCUUCAACAAUCCUCUCUUCCAACUUGGACUUCUCGAAGCGCUACAAAAUGGACGAGGCGCGAAUCCGUAUGGUGGCGGAUUGUUCGGUGCGGGUGCGGGUGCAGGAACGACGCCGGCUGCGCCCGCCGAGCCACCGGAGGUACGCUUCCAGGUCCAGUUGCAGCAGUUGCAGGACAUGGGAUUCUCGAAUGCGAGCCAGAACGUGCGGGCAUUGUUGGCGACUGGGGGGAAUGUACAUGCUGCGAUUGAGUACAUUCUAAGUGGUGGUGGACUUGGCGAGGCUAUUCAUUCUGCACUUGGACCCAACCUCUCUGGCUCUGUCGCAGAGGAUUACCGACUGUUGCUUGCACUACUCUACUGCUUGAGAGAAGGAGGAAUAACUCGGACAAAGGCCACGUAUCCUAUAGCCCAAAGCGAGAACGUGUCUUGGCCAUAA